AUGUCGACCCCGCAAGCGAAACGUCGCCGGCUAAACGAAGCUACGAAAACGCUCCAGAAGCCGUUCAAAUCGCCGUUCCGCACACCAUUGAAGCCCAGCAUAGGCGACGACCCGCCAUCCUCAGAUCCGCCUGAGGUCCACACUCCUGCGCUUAAUACACCAAGGGCAACCACCGUUCCCGCCAGAAGUACUGCCCCUGCAGACGAUGGAGCACAGCAAGCGGCCACCUGUGCCGCCUCGAUGCAACCGCCCAAAACACCAGCAACGUCCAAAGUGACACCACGCGCCUCGAGACCUCUUGUAUCACGUCCGAUCCUAUCUACACCGUCACAGGUCGUAUCGAGGAAGACACCGUCGAAACCCUCAGUCGCACGCGAGAUCAUGCAAAUCCGCAACGAGAUCCAGAUGCUUACACAAGCUCAGACCCUCGCUACGUCUACGAAAGACGACGAUUUGGUCGUACUGGUUGACAAAUGGCGCACAGCAAGUCGCGCAGCGGCGGAAGAGCUGUUUGGUAGCACUAGAGACAGGGUCAACAGGAUGGGCGGGGUAGGCGCAUGGAAGGAACGUGAGAAAGAAUCCAAGGAACGGCAGAUGCAAUGGGAUAAAGAAGAGAUGGAAGCGGAACGUGAGAAAAUGGAGGAGGCUAAGGAAAGCGGUGAGGUCUCUGAAGAGGCGUAUGAUCGCUAUGCCGAGAUGGAUUCGGAAAGGGAGAAGGGAGAGGAGAAGGAGACAUUCAAGGACGCAGACGAUGACUCGUUCACGAUGGACAUGAUGCUCAAGACCCUUAACAUCGACCUCAAGCUCAUCGGUUACAACAAAGAAGCGCAAAGGUGGGAUGGUUGA